CUGGAUUGACACACAAUGAGGAGCAGAGGCUGGGGAGACGCUCCACAAACGCCGCUGUAAAUAAAUACAACAAUCACUGAGGCCAGAGAAACAUGGAGAACCAGUGCACAGUGCAGGUGAAGCUGGAGUUGGGCCACAGAGCUCAGCUGAGGAAGAAAGUGACGUCAGAAGGCUUCACCCACGACUGGAUGGUGUUCGUCCGAGGGCCAGAGACCGGCGACAUCCAGCACUUUGUAGAGAAGGUCGUCUUCCGCCUGCACGAGAGCUUCCCCAAACCCAAGAGAGUAUGCAAGGAGCCGCCGUACAAAGUAGAAGAGUCGGGCUACGCCGGCUUCCUCAUGCCUAUCGAGGUUUACUUCAAGAACAAGGAGGAGCCAAAAAAGGUCUGUUUCAACUACGACCUGUUUCUUAACUUGGAGGGCAACCCACCAGUCAACCACCUGCGCUGUGAGAAGCUCACCUUCAACAACCCCACCAAAGAAUUCAGAAGAAAGCUGAUCAAGGCUGGAGGGGUGUUGGUGGUACCUGAGGGGGCUGAAGCUGUGUCGAGACCCAGUCCGGACUACCCGAUGCUCCCCACCAUCCCCCUCUCCGCCUUCUCGGACCCCAAGAAGACCAAGACCUCUCACGUGUCAAAGGAACCCAGCAAAGAAGGAAGUGGCAGCAGCAAAGGACCCAAACCACACAAGCUGACCAAGGAGCACCGUGAACGGCCUCGAAAAGACUCUGAGAGCAAAGCCACGUCGAAAGGAGACAACGACAGAGAUGGGAGCAGCAAGAGCGGCCGCGAUCCUUCCUCUUCCUCAUCCUCGUCUUCGAAAAAGCCGUCGGAGAUCAAAGUGAAAGAUGAAGUUAAGGUUCUCCCCAAGGCCGCCUUCAAGGAGCCUAAACUCACCCUGAAGGAAUCAAAGAUGGACGGUAUGUCCCCGAAAGGAGGGGGGGCUGGGAGCGGAGGGGGCGGCGGGGGAGGAGGCGGGGGAGGGUCUGCUGAGUCCAAAGCGCCGGGGAAGCGGCCCUCGACGGUGGAGUCUCCCAAACCCAGCGCCAAGAAGCAGAAGAAGGGCAGCUCGGAGGGGCCCAAGGGUCCGGCCGGCGGGGCCUUCACGGGAACUUCUCCCCGCGUGUCCUCCUCGUCUGCAGCCAGUCAGUCCUACGCCGAGAAGAAACCUCCGAAGGAGAAAGGUCGCUGGGCCAAAGGCAAAAACGACACACAGGAGCUGAAGGAGCCCAAGAAGCCUCCAGAGUCGGAAGAGUCGAAUUCAGAGGAUGAAGCGUCUUCAAAGUCAGAGCAGUCGGCUCCCUCCAGUCCUUCCAACUCCAGUUCCAGUUCUGACUCCAGUUCAGACUCAGACUUCGAGCCGGGACAGAAACAAGGCCAAGGCCCCCUGCGAUCCAUGGUGGAGGAGAUCCAGUCAGAAGAGUCGGAUGAUGACGACAGCAGCUCGGAGGAAGAGACACCCAUGAAGACCAACCCCCCCAACCGCGACUCUCGACUCAGCCUGGACAGCGAGAGUGACAGCAGUGACGGCUCGCACCGCCCCAGUCGAGACCCCGCCCCGCCCCCACAGAAACACAGCUCCUCCAAUAACAAAGUGUCGGUCAGAAAGAGUCCAGAUUCCUCGUUUCGCUCAGAGAAGGUGAUGAAGAAGGGAUACGACAAGGUAGGAAGGGCCUACACAGAAGAACUGGUGGACCUCCACCGCAGACUGAUGGCAUUAAGGGAGCGUAACGUCCUACAGCAGAUCGUCAACCUGAUCGAGGAGACGGGCCACUUCAACGUGACCAACACCACCUUUGACUUUGACCUCUUUUCACUGGACGAGUCCACCGUCCGCAAACUACAGAGCUACCUGGAGGCGACGGCCACGUGACAGGAAGUGGAGGCCGGCGUGUGGAUGGCGGCGGCGGCGGCGGUGGAGGCAGCCUCGCCACGACGUCUGCUCUCUAAGGAGGAGGAGGAGGCGAGCAGCCGCGUCCGUCGCAGCCCUUUCACAGGCCUGACUGAACCAUCGAACAACUACCACACGAACAGAAACACACAAACAAACACAAGCACACACCAAGACACAACCCCACCUUCACGGGACGCCGGGGAGAAAACUGGAGGAGGUGUGGGAGGAGGAGGAGGAGGUGUGGGAGGGAGCGCCGGAGCAGCUGAACUCCAUCUACAGUCAGGAUUUUCACUACACAUCUCUUGUCUUGAGUCUGUGCAGAGCUGUGGAAUUCACCCCACAC